GACACAUUGAUCCUCCGUAGAUUAUCCUGUUUCUUGUUAAGCUCAGCCAUUGAGCUUUUGAAGAGACCUUGGAUAUUGCAAUCGUCGAAAGCAGUGAAGAAAUACGAUCGAAAUUGUUUCUUCAGCCCCGUUCAAUGUAUGCUGAGCUUCAAUCAAGGCCAAGAACAGCCCAUAGUGUUCACCUCGAAAGGCAAACGGCUCUAUUACUACCGAAAGUAA